CUUUUUGGAGCGUUAUCUGCCCUCCUGCACAUUUGCGUCAGCAGAAUAGCAUGUUACAAAUAGAUAAGGGCUUUAUAACUUAUGUAACGUAGCACAAUGACAAUGUAAACAACGCUAAUGAUGUUUGGACGCCUCUGAACUCGGUUGGUAUCAAGGGUCGAACCUCCCACGUGAUGAAAGGCUCAAGAAUGGAGUCGGAAGAGGCUAUGAUAAAUUGUAAAAUUGACCAGAAGCGCCAGUUUACUCCAAACAGAGUGAAGCAUGGUUAUUUCUAGGUAAAUAACCGAACUAUCAAAACCUUCUCGGAUAAUCGCUUUGGGAUCCCAUCCUGUGCACGGGACCGCAGCCAAGCUCUAGUCCGGUACCUGGCGAUGCGAUGGGAGAGCGAAUACCGCAGAGAUGAUGCGUUUUCUACUGGAUUGCUUGCGGACGCCAAGGCAACGGGCACCGUGCAGUGAGAGGGACAAGGACUUUGUGGAACAGGACGAGUGUGUUGCUCAGAAGACUGGAGAAAUCAGAGACCUGCAGGAUGCCGUGCAGCAGGAGGACAUUGAGCUGGAGGAGCAGCGGGGAGACCGCCGGGAGCUGGAGGAGACCCUGGAGAAGCUGGAGCAGCACAGGAUGGAGCUGGAGGACCAGCUCAAACUGACCAGGCUGGAGUGCGUCCAAGAGAGCCAGCAGAUUCUUUCCCUGCAGGCGGAGGAGGUGGCCAGGGAAACGAAGGUGGAGGAGUAUGAGCGGGAGCUGGCCCGGGCAAGGAGGAAACUCAAACAGCUGAAAAUGGAGGUCAGACGGGCCCAGGGGAAGGUGGAGGAGGCGGGCGAACGCACCAUCCCUCUGGAGGAGUCCAUCAGCCAAUCAUAUGAGGAGAUUUUACAGGAGGAGCAGACGCUCAGUAUACUUAGUGGGGAGCGGACGGGAGAUGCAACACUGCCAGACCACCAGCAGGUGGAGCCAAUCGACACAUCCCCCAUCAGCCUCAGGACAGAGGACAGAAAUCUUGACUUCCCUGCUGUACCAGCCAGGUCAUGGGGCAGGAGCCAAUCACUGCCUGUCUAUGCUGAAAUAAAAAAGUGUUUAAAUCUUACAUGA